AUGGGUUCACUUUAUCGGAGCGAGGAGAUGCGCUUUUGUCAAAUGAUUGUGGAAAGGGAUGCUGCUUUUGCCUGCGUUGCAGAACUCGGCAAAAAGCCGUAUGUUCAAUUUAAAGAUUUAAACGCGGAAGUCAAUUCUUUUCAAAGAAUGUUUGCCAAGGAUAUACGUCGCUUUGACGAAAUGGAACGAAAAUUGAGUGAGAUUUUAAAUAAUUUUAGGUUAAUUAAAGCCCAAAUAAUUGUAAUAGGGUUUUUGGAGGCGCAAAUUCGAAAAGACAAUAACACAAUACUUGGAAGUGUUGAAAGUCGAGACCCAAUUGAGGUCAUGCCGCAUCAUGAGAUUAAUCAACUUGAGCAAACAUUAGUUGAUUUGGAACGCGAUGUAAUUCACAUGAAUAACAGUGACCAACAAUUGAAGCGAAAUUAUUUGGAGCUUAAAGAAUGGCAGCAUGUAUUAGAGAAGGCGGACCAAUUCUUUGAAGGGGUUUGCCGAAUUUAUAGCCUUGCAAAAAUACCUAAUUUUAAUAGGGAAUUAGUGAUGCCGCAGUGCAUGAGAUCGAACAGCAAAGUGCCGCUGCUGAAAGCGAAGCUGGUAUUGCUCUGCACUCUGCCGAGAAGGAACCUACUGGUCGACGUACGGCUUUUGUUCGUCACAUUGAAAUUGAAGAGCAUCUGGAGCAUCCAGAAACGGUGCUUUUAUUGUAGUUUUGUUUGCGAAGGAUUUAAAGCUAGGCAGUACAAUCAAUGCCCACGAACAAGUGAUAUUCUAUCAUUCCUGAUAGUUUCCGAUCAUAUAAUUUUAGGUCCCGACCGAAAGACUGCGCUACAACAAGUUCAAGCGAGUCUUAACGACAUGCAAAUGGUUAUGUCUCAAACAAGAGAGCAUCGAAUGAAAGUUUUGAAUGCGGUAGCAGCGAAUCAUCGUAACUGGCUUAAACAAGUUAGAGUCCACAAAUCAAUUUAUUCCACCCUUAACAACUUUACUUUUGAUGGAAUUGGCAAAUUUUUUGUCGCAGAAUGUUGGGUUCCGCUUGAUGAUGUGCAAGCCGUUCGUGAAGCAUUGGAAACUGGAGUGAGUAAGCAUGGAAGCACUGUGAAACCUGUAUUAAAUGUUGUGCAUACCAGUGAAAUGCCACCUACUUAUAACCGUACAAACAAAUUUACUGCAGUCUUCCAAGGAAUUGUUGAUUCUUAUGGAGUUGCUUCCUAUUUGGAAUUGAACCCUGCUCCUUAUACUAUAAUUACAUUUCCAUUCAUCUUCUCAUGCAUGUUUGGUGAUUUGGGACACGGAAUUUUGAUGUUUCUUUGUGGUUUGUAUUUGGUUGUUAGAGAGCGCAAUCUAGAGGCUAGGCAAAUAAAAGAUGAGAUUUUCAACAUGUUCUUUGGCGGGCGAUAUAUUAUUUUGUUGAUGGGUCUUUUCUCAAUGCAUGCUGGUCUCGUCUACAACGAUGCUUUUGCAAAAUCAUUUUCUAUUUUUGGAAGUGCCUGGAAAAAUCCUUAUCCUUCAGAGCAAAUUGGAAAAUGGCUGAACCAUUCAGAACAUGGGAAGGAGAUGUUGGUAGAGUUGCCCUCAGAAUUUGCUUUUAUGAAACAAUCAGGCCCUUAUGCGUGUCAUCCUUGGAAUUGCUCAAAUGACAUUCGGUGUAUGUCUUUCGUAUCAAAACUACAAAUUGAAAUCUUCACGGUAUUUAUUCCUCAGAUGAUAUUUAUGGGUAGUAUCUUCAUAUAUCUUUGCCUACAAAUUGUGCUAAAGUGGAUGUUAUUUUGGGUUAAACCUGAGACGAUUUUUGGUCGCCAAUAUCCGGGUUCGCAUUGCGCACCUUCUUUAUUGUCAUUUCUUGAAGCAAUACUUGUUAUCAUUGCUGUUCUUUGUAUACCUAUAAUGUUGUUUGGCAAACCGAUACAUAUUUUGAUGCAUCAACGAAGGGCAAAACGUGCUGUUUCUGAUAACAUGUAUGUACUUGGCUGUGUCUCCCAUACUGCUUCUUAUCUUAGACUAUGGGCUUUGUCGCUUGCACACGCACAGCUCUCGGAAGUUCUUUGGGACAUGGUGUUGGAGAACGCCUUUGCAUUUAACGACAUCAAAGGUUACAUCGCACUUUACGCAAUAUUUUUUGCAUUUGGGGUACUCACCUUCUCCAUACUUGUGCUUAUGGAGGGGCUUUCUGCUUUUUUACAUGCCUUACGUCUACACUGGGUUGAAUUUCAAAGCAAAUUUUACCUUGGACAAGGCUAUAUAUUUGCGCCUUUCUUUUUUAAAGAUAUUCUACAAAGGGCAUCAGUUGCUGAAAUGGCCUAA